GCAGUGUGUUCUAGAUUCGUGGUGAUUGUCCUCCUUCACACGAGCUCAUCACAUUGAGUCAAUAGAGGGCAGAUGGCGUGCCCAGUGAGAACGCACUAAAUGUUGUACUGGUGAAGUGGACUAUGGGCAGUAGUUGAGAUUUGGCAUCAUGGCUGAAGACAUUUUCAGAAGCUCGCACACGUCCAUGAAGGUGGCUGCCUUGCAUUUUGUGGAUCUGCCUCUGUCUGUCUAUUACUCUCUCCCACAGGUAAGUCUAAGUGCCGGCACCAAGAAGCUCUUUGCCGCCACUGCCUUCGGUGCCGUCUCCCUCAUCUUCCUCGCCCGUCAUUUCAGAAGAAGAAAGGGCAAGAAGAAAGCCAAUUCGCCUGUAGAACACAAACAUUUUGAGUUCCUUACCUGUAUCCCGCUGACAAAAGACAUUGGCAGCAAUAAUCAAAAUCCACCUCUGAACUCGAAGAACUGCUACUCAUGUAAUGUGGUGUCCAAUGGCAGCCUGUACAGCAAGUUCUCGGGUUCCCUUCAGAGCUUGGCCUCAGUGAGGAGCAGGCACUCCUCCAGCAGCUGCACCUGUGCUAACAGCUCCAGCUGCUGGGAUGGAGCAGGAGACGAUGGUGAUGUCUGUAACCUGCUCAACAUCCCCGUCGCCACUCCAGAGAAUCUCUACCUGAUGGGGAUGGAGUUAUUUGAGGAGGCCCUCCAGCGCUGGGAGCAAGCGCUAACAUUCUGCAGUAGCCGAAAGGAGGAUGAGGCUAGCUGUGCAUCGGUUAAAUUGGGAGCUGGAGAUGCCAGAGCAAAAGAAAGUAUGGAGGACAUCAUCACUGCAGAUUUCAUCCAUAAUUUGGAGUCUCUGCUACAGAAUGCCUACCGGCUACAGGAAGAAUUUGAGGGAGCGUUGGGAAUGACAAACCCUUCAACGCAGCCCAUUAAUGACAUACACACAGAUCUCUCUAUGAGGGAAGACUUGGAAGGCACAUGCGUCAGAGACUCAAUCAGCAUCGCCUCUACAGAUUCCUUUGUGUCUGCAGCAGAGUUAUCUGAGCACAAAGAGAUGAGGAGUGCCUAUGCCCUGGGCUCACUGUGCCAUUACCCCCUCUAUGAGGAGGCUUUGCAGAUGGCUGAAGAGGGCAAGAUCUCCUGUCGAGUUCUACGAACUGAGAUGCUUGAAUGUCUUGGAGACACUGACUUCCUGGCAAAGCUGCAUUGUAUACGGCAAGCAUAUCAGAUCAUUUUUUGUGAAAGGGCAACUAGAGCAUUUUUGUCUGACACAGGAAAGAUGAUAUUGUCUUCAAUAAUUGUCAAAGCAAGGAAGAGCCCAAAAAGAUUUGAGGAGGUGUUUGGAGAAAUGAUCUGCUUCCUGGAGAAAGCGGAUCACUGGGAGAACACAGAAAUUGAGCUUUCUUCAAGAGGGGUAAAGCAUCUAAACUUCUAUGACAUUGUUCUUGACUUUAUCCUAAUGGACUCAUUUGAGGAUCUUGAGAAUCCACCAAUCUCCAUACUUAAUGUGGUCAAUAAUCGCUGGCUCAACAGCUCCUUCAAAGAGACUGCUGUUGCAUCAAGCUGUUGGUCUGUUCUGAAACAGAAGAGACAACAUAUAAAGGUGCAAGAUGGCUUCAUUGCUCAUUUCUAUGCAGUCUGUGAACACAUAAGUCCUGUACUGGCCUGGGGGUUCCUGGGUCCUAAAAGUUCCUUGCAUGAUUUCUGCUGUUUCUUCAAGGAGCAGGUACUGUUCUUUCUGAAGGACAUCUUUGACCUGGAGAAAGUGCGUUAUUCCAAUCUAGACACUCUGGCUGAGGACAUCCGGCACCUGCUUCACAGACGCUCUGAGCUGCUCCUGGCCUACCUCGGUGCUGACUCUCUCCAUCACCACAAUGGCUGUGCCAGCACACCUUUGCACCUGGUACCCAGUGCUUUGCUGGAGGCCCGAGUCCAAUGAGCAACUGUGUCUUCUACAACCUCCACAUUUUCUUGGAUGUUCUGACUCCAGAUCUGGAAUGCACUGCAGUUGAGAUCCUUGUUUCUGGGUUCAGUGCAGUUUCUCGUCAAGUAUUAGUGUAAUGUUUAAAAUGUAGGAAGAAAGGGUGAUAUGCCUUUCAUGUGGUUUUUCAAUAAAUUUUUUUACUUCAAUAACUCAUUGCACAACAAAUUAUCUGAAGUUGUAGGGUCUUUGUAGGUGAUGUAUUGAGACUUGAAAGCUUUAACAGAUAUUGUGAGCAUAGGCCAAAGUGUUUGGAACGGUAGAGAUGUUUUUUUAAGGUGGCACCCUUUCUUCAGGUUGCUACUAAUCUCCCAAAGGUUUUUCUUGACAAACUGACCUCUGUAGUAGUCUUCAGACUAGACGUUUCUUAUCAGAAAGAAUGUAGUGGCCAUAAAUGAAAUAAACCUGGGCUAUAUUCAAUAAAGCCAUCAAAAGUUAAUGGAACAAAAGCAAUAGCAGUAUGCUUCCAUCUUCAUUGAAACAGUGAAUGCCAUAUACACAUGGUUGGUUUGACUGUACAAGCCUUAUGAUUACUUCAUGUACUGUGACCCUAAGUGUAUCCUAAAUUGAAUGCUAUGAUGUGCAGAUGGUAUUUUGUUGACAAUUGUAACAGCCGUUUGGGCCAAUAAACACUGCAAGGCACUUUUCCGCCAUUGGACUAAACAGUUAAACUUGAAGAUCCAUGUCAUUCUGUAACAAUCAAGGCACGCUCGAAGAUCCAUGUCAUUCUGUAACAAUCAAGGCACGCUCGCAGUUUCUUUUUCAUUGUGGUGCUCUGAAAUCAGGACUAGAAUGGACUGACUUGGCAAGUGACCAAUUGUGAGUUGUUCGUCCUAAAGCCGGUCCACCAGCACAUUUGGAAAUGCUUGAAAAUCCAAGCUGGGAACAGUUUGUAAUUGUGCCAUAAUCUAGCUGUGCUCAAGUGCAAAUGCUACUGGAACUGUGACUCGCCAUGUUCAGAACCUUUUGGCCCGCUGGUGGAACAGCGCUUUGUGUUGUAUUAACUGGAGCAUUCAAAGCAUCAUAUGGAUCUUGAAUAAAAAUGCCAGACAUUUUCAAUGAUUACAACUUUAUUGAUGACAAUGGCAGCAAUCUUAAACAAUUCAGACCAACAAUUCCCAGAAACAAAGCAAAAGGUACAUUCAACAAGUUUAAACAGUUCAUAAUUACAUUUUAUAUUUUACCUCAAAGGCAUGCUGCAAAUUUCUCAGAUAGCCUCCGAUUUUCUCUUCGUUUUAGACCCCCACGAAUUCUGUUGUGAACAAUUUGCUCAAAAGUACAUCUUGCAUGCAUACAAAGAGAUAUGCAGCAAUGGACAAAUACUACAUUUAGAGAAACUCUCCAGUUUACAUGCCAAACAAAAAUCAGUCUGGCAAAUGUCUACUAAAAAAAAAAAGAAAAGGAAAAGAAAAAUGUUCCUGGUCAUGGUACACCUGGAUAGCAUUGAUGCACAUUAAGUCCCUACACUUAAAAGGCAAAGCAUGUACUCAAAAGAACAUUUCAGAGAGCAGUCAGGCCAAUAAUACAGAAACAUGGCUACAUUUCUAUAUCAAAACACGAGGUCAUCAGAACAGCAUCGACAAACAUCGCUCUAAGCUAAGAGAAACAUUGACUUUGCAAUGACAGAUUCCUCAUGAUAUAUUUUUUUACCUUAUAAUUGGAGCCCUCGAACAGUCUACGUUCAGCAAAGGGACAGACUCAAAGGAAUCCUCCUUACGGACAAACUAGCUCAGGACCUGAUUCUACGAACUACGCCUGCAGCAUCUUCAACACUGUGAGUAAGAAUGAAGUCAGCAAUGUGGGACAAACAUUAGCACUACAAAGGGGCAUCAAUAAAGCUUGCAAUACCAAUGAAACAUGAGCAUACAUACAGUAUACGUCAGUGUUAUUAAUCAGUGUUUCAUUCAUAGGGCUAACUGGAUUAUUUAGCAUCUGCAUGCAGUGUGAUACAGUGGUAAGGCAGAUGAAACAAUUCAUAUGGAAUAGGAUCACACUAAGCAGACUUACCAAGAGGCUAACAUUAAUGUUUUAAGAGUGAGCAAUCACAUUGUGCAUGUAUAUGUAUAUAUAAGACAGUAUAAUAAUCCUACUUAAAGAUGCUAAUCUGCAUUAUGUUGUUGACAACAGAGGAAAAUCACAUUUUAUGAGCUACAGGUCAAUGCCAUGCAAUUCAUUUGGACAAAAACAUACUUCCACAGACCUUCAAAGCUAUGCAAUCUAUUUAGUACAAGAGAUGAUCCUUUAUUGUAACUAAGGUCAACAUUUGCUGCUUUUCAAGGGUAAAUGCAUUAUACUGGGCCACAGGUUCAAAUUGCUGCCAUUUUUGGAUACUCUUACCUGUGUCACUGCUGCAGAACCUAAGAUGCAAGGUCAGGGAUGACACCGCAAAAUUAGACAUUGCACUGCUCAUAGUGCCACUAAUGAACAGUCAAAUCAAAUCACUUUCAUCAACUUGUCAGCCUUGAAAAACUGAGUCAGGCACAGAUUUAUAAAUCAGCAAAAGGACAAUAAUACUAUAACAUUUGAAUGAGGCCAUUUGCUGAGGGUCAUUUUUAAGAGCAAUGCAGUAAAACAAAUACUUGGCAAAUCACAAGACGUUGUAUAAGAACAAUGUCUAGUCAAUGUUAAGUCGCAGCAUUUCCAGAUGAACGUUUCUUUUGCUAUAGACAGCUUUGCACUGCCCUGACUAAAACACACAGUGGUAUAGUUCACAGUUUUAUAAGAAAAAGUCUGAGACAAUUUCUAAAUGACUAAAACAGUGACAACAUGGCGAGAUCUAGAUCGGCAAAUAUCACACACAGCUGUUAUGGCAAAAAUAACAGUCCAAUGUGAAAAAGGGGUCAAGUCACAGGCUCAAGAAAGACAUCAUUAUAUUGAAUGCAUGUCAAAUGAAAUUUACAGCCCUGACAUACUUACCCAAAAAAAGGGUCAACAUUUAUAUAAUUCAACUCAUUGCAUUUCAAGUACGUCAAAGACAAUGCAUUGACUGCAAUACAGAAACUGGGCCAUAAAGUCAUGUACAUUUUGUACUUACAGUGGAGAGCUCAUUUCAGUGGUGAGGAAGUCUCCAUAAACCUACAGGCCUAUACUGGAGGAAUGCUAACAGACAAUGGGCAGACAAAAAAAAAAUAGUCCACUUUCGCAUUUGAGCUUUUUAAUUGUAUCAAAAUGUUUUAGAAAUGUCAGCAAUAAUGAUAAAAUAUAUACACAAUUGAUGGAUUUUAGACAUUUAAAAUAUGGGAGAGGGACAAGUAAUUUUGCAAGGCAUAACUGUUGAUCAGAACACUUGACCUGCCCUGGAAAAAAGCAGCAAACUUUGAUAACAAAAACUAGAAUAAUUGCAACAUGUUCGCAGUCACAUCAAGGAACAGUUUGUUUAAAGACGCAUACUUGCUUACCGCCUUCCUAAACUUGCCUGUGAGGGAGGAAAUGUCUCUCAUUAACAGUGCACACUACCUCAACAAACCAGAUGAAAUACAGAACAAUAAGCAACACUACAGCACUGAAGAGUUAUUGCAUGGGUCACAUACCUUGCCAACACCAAGCCACCUUGCCUUAGAUAACCUAUCUAUACCUACAUCCACAGAAAUGACCGGUAAAAAAUGUAAUAUAAAAUCAGAACUAUCCAUUCAUCAAGCAAGCAAUAUCAAAUGACCAAUUAUCUUGUUACUUUAAAAUAGACCAGGAAUCAAAAUAAAAAAUCAGGGGUAGAAUAGACAGUUGAAGAGUGACCAAAAAAAAAAAAAAAAAAAAAAAAAAGGAAAAAAAAAAAAAGCAAAA